AUGUUUUCGGUGAGCCGUCUGAGGCGGGACACAAGCACGUUUAUUCCGGAUAGCAGUGUGGCGGGGUCUAAUGGCCCUGAUUCUUACGAUUUGGGUGGAAAUGAUGAUCACGCGCACGAGGUCGUGUCCGGCUAUCGUCCCCGUCAUAAUGAAUCGUCGUUGCCAGGCCUCAACGAGUCUGCUAUGCCCCACCAACCGUUGCUACCAGAUUUGAACGCGUGUAGCCAUGAUCAAGGUUAUAGGUCUCCGUUUUAUGAACCCGGUUACGUUCCCUCAUACGGACAUGAAGAAUAUGGCAAUAACGUUUUCGUUAGUGGUCCAUCGGCAGUACAAGGAGACCUUAGUCACCCUUCUUACGUGCAAGAGUCAUUGGGUGACGAUCCACCCGUGCAAGAGUCAUUGGGUGACGAGCCAGCCGUGCAAGAGUCAUUGGGUGACGAGACACCCGCUUACCCUGAAGUUUCGUACAAAACUGAUCAGGAUUUUUUAUCCCGCGAUGAUUUGGAAAGUUGGGUAAAACGAAGGGGUUUAGCCAACGGAUACAUAAUUGUUACCAGACGGUCCAAGGAUAACCGGGUGUGGCUCCAAUGUUGUCGUAGCGGUGAGCAUGAGAGUAAGGCCACGGUUAGGAAAACCGGCAGCAAAAGAUGCGCGUGCCCUUUUAUGGUGAUAGGUCGUCUCGACCAGAGUCGUCGGGCUUGGCGGAUAGAUUAUCUGAACAAAAAUUUUAACGAGGCGCACAACCACGGCCCUGCUGAACAUCUGGAGGGUUACGCGUAUGCCAGGAGGCUUACUCCUAAUGAGUUUAGGCUGGUGCAAGAGCUGACAGAUCAAGACAUACAACCCCAUACAAUCUCGAAGGCCGUAUCCGAACAGAACCCUGAGAACGUAUGUGUUCCGAAAGACAUACACAACGCUCGCCAAAAGAUUAGGGCCGCGAAGUUCGAGAAAAAACCGUCUCCCAUGCAACGACUAGAACAAAUGCUCCAGGAAAAAAAAUGACCUGUUACAUACAGGCGGAACCUUCCACCAACGUCGUUCAACAUAUAUUUUUCUGUCACGAUAAGUCCUUUGAAAUGUGGAGGGCAUUCCCGCAUGUGCUUAUGAUCGACGCUACCUACAAGACUAACAUGUACAAUCUUCCAUUUUUGCAAGUUGUGGGUAUGACGUCGACAAACCACACCUUCUGUGUUGCGCAUGCGUUUCUUUCAAACGAGCAGGAGGCAACGUACGUCUGGGUCUUGGAGAGGGUCAGGUCUAUGCUGCACGAGUGCAUAGAGCCGCAUGUAAUUCUAACGGACAGGGAACAGGCACUGAUAAACGCGUGUAGAAAAAUAUUCCCUAGCGCACACAUAUAUCUCUGCAGGUUCCACAUCUUACAAAAUAUUGUGAAGCACUGCAAGGGUUCGCUUAAUGGGCAAGAUUGGGAUGCCUUUAUAAAUCAGUGGAAAACAGUGUGUAAUUCUGCUACCGAAGAGUUAUACAAAUAUAACGUCCUCAACCUUCAGAGACACCUUGUCAAUCAACAACUUACAUAUGUUUUUAAUUACCUAUGGAAUAACUGGUUAAGCACCUCCAGACAAUUGUUCGUAUCUGCAUGGACCAAUCAAACCCUGACUUUCUUGCAAAAUAUAACAAACAGAGCUGAAGGCGCACAUGCUGCAUUAAAGAAACAACUUACUACACCGAGAUGCAGUCUGGAAUCGCUGGUGAAAAAGGUGGACACCUUGGUACUAAAGCAAUAUGCGCAAAUAAAGAAACCCUUGGAAGAAAGCCGCACCAAGCGAAUGAACAGCCACCUUCAGAUUCCUAUGUUUUCCAACCUACUUCUUAAAGUUUCCAUCCAUGCUCUUAACCUAUUGGAAAACGAGCUAACACGGAGAAUAGACACGUUGCGGUCAUUCGGAUCAACAUGUGGCUGUCAGCUAUACUCGAGUGCCGGGUUGUGUUAUGUGCCUGUCGCCUGGAGAGAUUGCAGA